UCUGACUUGACAAAGUAUAGCAUUGUUCGUGAGGGUUACGCUUGCAGUGAUUCGUCUUUCCAUUUCCGAUCUCUGUGUUUCCAAUCGCUCCCAUGGAGGAAGAGCAACAGCCGCAGAACGACCCGAAUGCUACCAACACUCAGAGCAAGAAAGCAAUGAAGAAAGAAGCCGCCAAGCUGGAGAAGCAGCGCCGUCGUGACGAGCGGACCGCCUCCGCCGUCGCCGGAGUCUCCUUGGACGCUUCCGAUCCCCUCGCCGCCAGCUACGGCGACGUCCCGUUGGAGGACCUCCAGUCGAAGGCCGUCACCGGCCGCAAGUGGACCGAGAUCGGGGCGCUCGCCCCCGAAUUGAAGGACCAGGCCGUGUUGAUUCGGGGCAGAGCGCAGACGAUUCGCGCCGUCAGCAAGAAGAUGGCCUUCUUGGUCGUGAGGGAGAAGGGGUUUACGGUUCAGUGCGUGCUGUCCGUUGCUCCGGACCUGGUCAGUCCCCAAAUGGUCAAGUUUGCGACGGGGUUGAGCAGAGAGUCCUUUGUUGAUAUCGAAGGAAUCGUCUCCGUCCCCAAAGACUCCAUUAAGGGUGCUACUCAACAGGUGGAAAUUCAAGCCAGGAAGAUUUACUGUAUAAGCAAGGCAUUGCCUGCCUUGCCUGUUAAUAUUGAGGAUGCUGCUCGUAGUGAACUUGAAAUUGAAAAGGCUUUGCAGGCUGGGGAACAACUUGUUCGUGUGAAUCAAGAUACUCGUCUAAAUUACAGGGUUCUUGACCUGCGCACACCUGCUAAUCAAGGAAUUUUUCGUGUUCAAUGCCAAGUUGAAAAUAUAUUUAGGCAAUUCUUGCUAUCAGAAGGAUUUGUUGGGAUUCAUACCCCAAAGUUGAUAGCAGGCUCUAGUGAGGGUGGGUCAGCAGUUUUCAGGCUGGACUACAAAGGGCAACCUGCAUGUCUUGCUCAGUCGCCUCAGCUUCACAAGCAAAUGGCAAUUUGUGGUGAUUUUGCUCGUGUUUUUGAGAUAGGUCCAGUUUUCAGAGCAGAGGAUUCCUUUACACACAGACACUUGUGUGAGUUCACAGGGCUUGAUGUUGAGAUGGAAAUUAAGGAGCACUAUUCUGAGGUGAUGGAUAUAGUGGACCUCUUAUUUGUUGCAAUGUUCGAUAGUUUGAAUGAGAAAUGCCAGAAAGAGCUUGAAGCUAUUGGGAGGCAAUAUCCAUUCCAGCCUUUGAAGUAUUUGAGAAAGACUUUGAGGCUUACGUUUGCUGAGGGGGUCCAGAUGCUAAAGGAAGCUGGCAUUGAAAUUGAUCCUCUAGGGGACCUGAACACAGAGUCGGAGAGGAAACUGGGGCAGCUUGUUUCGGAGAAAUAUGGCACCGACUUCUAUAUAUUACAUCGCUAUCCGUUGGCUGUUCGGCCAUUUUAUACCAUGCCUUGCUGCGAUAAUCCUGUUUACAGUAAUUCAUUUGAUGUUUUUAUUCGAGGAGAGGAAAUAAUUUCAGGAGCACAGCGUGUCCAUGUACCUGAAUUUUUGACGGAGCGUGCAGAAUCCUUGGGAAUAGACGUCAAGACAAUAUCAACAUACAUUGAUUCCUUCCGGAAGUUUCUUCAUUCACCAGUCCC